AUGUACUUCAACUUAUUGGAAGCGUACUGUGCCCAGAGUGAGACCGACUCUGGUGCUAGCGGCAACGACAACAGUCUGAAAGUUACAGCUGUUGUCAGCAAACUACUGGAAAUGGCAAAAGCAGCAGCAGAAGUUACAGUGAAUGAAGGAGAAUUUAGUGGAGACGAAAGUGGUGCUGAGAAUGAAGCUCAAACAGACCAGGACAUGUAUAUGGAAGUCCAAGACGGAAUCACACCUGAGACAGUAGAUGAAGUAGUUUCAGUUGGGUACCAAUAUGUAGUCAACGAACUAUCGCAAGGAAGAGGAGCACAAGAGGAAGCCGGACUGAUUACCUUGCUAACGUUGUUAGACCAACACCGUAGUGUUUCUCACGUAGACAUAGUAAACUGUAUACAUGGAUUGAAGCUAGUAACCCAACAAGCCGAUGAGCCUUUAAUAGAGUUUCUGACCAACGAAAGUAUUGAUGUAGGAGUUAGAAUUGACGUAUGCGAAGCGUCAAUCAGCCAAGCCAUGGAUACAGGAGCCAGUUAUACCGCCCAAUGGCAGCUGCGUAGCCAUUUAGACCGUUUAUUGCGUGAUUCUCUUGCCAAGGACACUUCAGCUUUGCAAAAAUCUUCUACUAAAUUACCAACCUCAACUGGAACUAACACCACUGGCGUAGCUGCCGACCCACAGGAAACCCAUGUGCUGCGUAUUGCCAAAACACUUCAACGUGCAGAGAACGACAAAUUACGUCACGUGAUAGCACAUCAUUUGUUAUCACUACAAACCGAUCACAUGACCACAAGUCCAGAAAACAGUCCAACCUUGACGAUAACUCCAAAGACAGUCGAUGUGCUUCAGCGUAACUGGCAGACGUUAGCUCGAAAUGCAGCAGCGCUAGCACAGAACUCGGUUUCCUUACAAGAAACAAUCGAACUUCGUAUUACACGACAACUAUUGAAGGACCAAGCUCAACAACUUUUGGAGGAAGCCCAAUGA